AUGGUCACGAAAUCCAAACUCAAGCUCGCCCUAGCGGCUGAUAAGGGCGUUGAUUUUCAAAAGAAGAAACUGCAACGGAAGAUCAAGGCAAAGCACCGCGAAGCUGAGAAGGAAAAGGCCAAGAAGGCUAGACUAAAUGGAGAAGAAUCCGAGGAAGAAAACGGAGACGAGGAGAUGAAUGAUGAAGACGAUGAUGACGAUGAUGCUAUCUCCAUCGAAGGAGGCAUCGCCUUGAACGCCGAGUUCGAGGAUGCCGAUUCAGACGAAGAUGACGAAGAGGAAGACGAAGAGGAAGACGAAGAGGAAGACGAAGAGGAAGACGACAGAUUGGAUAUCGAGGCAUUGGACGACACGGACAGCGAGUCCGAUUCCGAAGUCGAGGUAGAGGAAAAGAUCGAGCGCCCAGCCAAGAAGCCCAAGACAUCCAAGAAGACACCGACAGAAAUUGAAGAGCAGGACGAUGACGACGAAGAUGAGGAGGAUCCAGAGGAAGAAGACGUGCCACUUUCUGACCUCGAAGGCAACGAGGAAGAUCUCGAGGAUAUCGUCCCCCACACCAAACUUACCAUUAACAACAAGGCCGCGCUCCUUGCCUCCCUCAAUCGCAUUCGCAUCGACACUUCAUCUGCCGCCCCUUUCGCGACUCACCAGUCGGUCGUUUCCUCUAAACCCACUGCUGAAGCCGUGCCGGAUGUACAGGACGAUCUCCAACGCGAGCUCGCCCUGCUUUCGCAGUCGCUUGAGGCUGCCCGCAAGGGGCGCACUUUCCUCAUUAAAGAGGGCGUGCCCUUCUCGCGCCCCAACGACUACUUUGCCGAGAUGGCCAAGGACGACGGGCAAAUGCAGAAGAUCAAGGACAAGCUGAUCGAGGAGGCCAGCUCCAAAAAGGCCGCUGCCGAGGCGAGGAAACUUAGAGACCUCAAGAAGUUUGGAAAGCAGGUGCAAAUUGCCAAAUUACAAGAGCGUCAAAAGACCAAGAAGGAUACACUUGAGAAAAUCAAGACACUCAAGAGGAAACGCCAAGAAAAUUCUUCCAACCUUGACACGCAUGAGGGUGACCUGUUCGAUGUAGCUGUCGAUAAUGAAAUAAAGGGACACCGCAAUUCGAAGUCGGGCGCUCCACGCGGCAGCGGCAGCGGCGUCAAUGCCAAACGGCAAAAGAAGAACGAGAAGUAUGGCUUCGGUGGCAAGAAGCGUCACUCCAAGUCUGGUGACGCCAUCAGCUCCGGCGAUCUUAGCGGGUUUAAUGCCAAGCGUAUGAAGGGCGGUGUUGCCAAAGGCAGAGUGACUAAGACACGGCCAGGCAAGAACAGGAGAAAGGCUAUGGCGAGCAAGUAA